AUGAGUCGUUCACCGGAUCUGCAUUCGUCCCGAUCUUUCUCCCUGUUUGGAAAUCCUUUCCGGAUGAAGUCACAUAAAGGGUCACAUAAAGGUUCUCUAACAUCUUCUCAGUUAGAUGCAGUACUACAAGGUUUCGAGGCAACAUUAGCAGAGAGGCUAAGGAAGCUUAUGCCGAAAAGCAAGGAUGAAAUCCUCAGCUUGUCUUGGAUGACUUCGGCUAUGAAUUCACUUUGUGAAUCCCAUAAUGACAUACGGAGUCUUAUAAUAGAUCUUGAACUGCCCGUGAGUGUUUGGGAUGACAAAUGGGUUGAUGUCUACUUUGACAUAAGUACAAAAUUACUAGACAUUUGCAACGCAUUUAGUUCCGAGCUUUCACGUCUGAAUCAAGGCAAUCUCCCGCUUAAGUGUGCCCUGCACAUUUUAGAACCAGCCUCAUCAAAGUCGUUUUCUCGGGCCUGUUCUUUGCUCGAUGAUUGGAGGCGCCACAUUAAUGCUAAGAACCCUAGAAUUGAGAAAUGUAGCACCAUUUUAGAUGGUCUCGUGGGAUCACUUGAUCUUCCUAAGGUUAAAAAUUCUGCCAAAGGUAAGGUUUUGAUGCAAGCUAUGUACGGCAUCAAGGUGGAAACUGUAUUUGUUUGCAGCGUGUUUUCGGCUGCAUUCUCUGGCACUUCAAAGAAGUUGUUAGACUUGGAUGUGCCCGACAUGCAUUCAUGGGCUCCAGCUUUCAAAAGCUUACAGAAUCUUGUAAAUGAUGAAAUUAGAGUUAGGUUUUCCAGUGGGAAAUUUUCUGUAUUAAACGAGUUGGAAGCGGUUGAUACUGUUGUGCAGGAAUUAUAUCCAUCCAUACAAGGCGGUGUAAAUAUUGAAGGCAAAGUUAAGCAAGAAUCACAUCUGAAGACUGUUGAGGAACUAGGUGCGGCUGCAGAGAAGCUUUCCCAAGGAAUGGAUCUUCUUGCAAAGGGAGUGGAUGGUUUCUUCCAAGCAGUUUUGACUAGCCGUGAUACUUUGCUAUCAUCUCUGAGGUUUGACAAAACUGUAAACAAUCGCGUUGUUGGCGGCGGCCGCAACAUAGGUCAGCAAGUAGUCUACUGA